AUGGAGUCCACUCUCCUCGCCCUCAGUCUGGCCAACCUCGCCAUCUCAGCACCUGCUUCCCGGCACCAGGCUCCUCACUACCCGCCGACGUCGUCCUCGCAGGCCUUCAAGCUCGUCGCCAACGUGACAGACCCUGCACUCGACUUCUCCCCCUCCAUCAACAAUUGGGUGCAGGGCUACCACACAGGUGCCGGCACCAACGCGGCGGUGCUCGCGCCCUUCGACGCCACCACCAACCCGGGCCGCAUCUUCUAUCAGAACGGCACCACCCAGGACCAGGCCUACCAUUCCACCACUCUCCUCACCGACGCCGGGUCGCUGCCCGGGCCCUUCUCGUGGCAGGUGCAGUCGCCCACCGAGUUCGACCCGCUGUACCCGGACCAGCACCACGUCACCAUCGGCGUCGGCAAGCCCACGCUCGCAUACGUGGCCAGCUUCCCGGUCGUCUACCCGACCGUCCAGAAUCUUCUUGGGCAAGGGAGCUUUGUAGCCUGCAAGAACGCGUUGCCUAGCUUGCUGGGCGCAGGGACGGUUGUCACGGUCAAUUAUGCCUACGCGACCUUUGAGGGGCCUGGUGGCGGUUACGAGUACAAUGCGAAUAUCCUUGAGGGUUGUGUUCCCAUCUCACUGAUACCGCAGUGCGCUGCGCUGGACCCGUCUUCUGGAGCGAGCCACGAGUUUGCCCUGAUUGAGCGGUGCUAUGAGGAUGUCGCUGCUAUCAACUGGCCAGAGUACGGCCCGUGA